AUGUCCCUCUUACCUCAUGUGUUCGUCGCGGUUCUUUGUGGAUUUACAGUGCAUCUGGUGUUUGGUCAACUGGACGGGUACAUACCGGGGCAGGACUACCCCAUCUACAGCGAAGUGCCCCAGGGGCUGUCCUUCAGGUGCGACCAGCGACUGCCCGGGUAUUACAGCGACCCAGAAGCCCAGUGCCAGGUAUGGCAUUGGUGCCUUCCUAGUGGGCAGCAGUACAGCUUCCUGUGCCCCAAUGGUACAAUUUUCAACCAAUUCGCGCGAGUGUGCGACUGGUGGUUCAACGUGGACUGCGCUGGUACUCCGAGUCUGUACGGCAUUAACGAAGAUUUGUACAGAAUUCCGGAAUACAACCACCAUCAACAAUGA